AUGUUAUCCAGAAUUGCUUAUGGUGCUAAGUUAUUAGGUUGUCGAGGUGUUAAUUCUUCUUGUAAGCGUAGACCUCAAGCCUUUAAAUUUGAGUUUUCUGACUUUCGCCGACAUUCAACUUCAUCCAUGGUGAUUGAGGAAGCUGAUUCCCAAACUGGGUUUAUCACGUUAAAUCUAAACCGACCACCUGUAAACAUGUUUAAUCUAGAAUUCACACAAGAAAUUAUUGCCUCGUUGGGACGAAUGUCCAGUUCCCAAGGAUGCCAAGGAGUCGUGAUCACUUCGGCUCAAAAGUCCGUGGUGUCCGCGGGACUUGACCUUAAUGAACUCCAUCAACCUGAAAGGGAACGCCUAGCCACGUUCUGGCGGGCUAUUCAAGAUCUCUGGUUGUGUCUGUACACCUUUCCCAAACCUGUGACCAUCGCCAUUAAUGGACAUCUGCCCGCCGGAGGCAUGAUUUUAUCCACUUGUGCGGAUUAUCGCGUCAUGGUCCAGGGCAAGUUUACCACCGGUCUUAAUGAAGUCCGAUUUGGUUUGGUCGCUCCAUUUUUCUUGAGAGACUCAUUUCGAUCUUGUGUUGGACAACGUCAAGCUGAGCUCGCUAUUACCAUGGGCACCUUAUUCAAUCCCGAGGAAGCUCUCAAGUUAGGUCUGGUCGACGAGUUGGCCGCCGACAAGGGCAGUGCUGUGGAACGUUGUCAUAGUAUCUUGAAGCUCUACGCCCAAACCAAUUCCAAUGCCAGACACAAUUCCAAGAUGAGUCUUCGUCAAGAAGCGGUGGAUCGGUUUCAUCAAAAGAGAGAAUCUGAUUUGGACUUCUUUUGUCGAAGUGUGCUAUCUCCAGAAGUUCAAAUGACCUUGGAAUCGUAUCUGAAGUCGUUGAAGCAAAAGUGAUUCCUAAUUUGGUUGAGUGGGAUUGCUCAGUUCCUGAAGGACUUGGGUAUUUCCCUUAAUAUGGAGCGUGGUUUAAACAUAUGCAUUGAAGCCAUUCAAGCUCCUAGAAAUGUACCAAUUGUUGGUUGUAUGAUUUUAAUUAUGCCUUUUCGAGUGCCUUAUUUCCAAUUUUCUGUACGAGCCAAGGCAAACGUCAUGAUUAUUACGUUAAUUUAUUUAGUUUCUGCAUUAAUGCAAGAGUGCUCUCUAACACCAGGGUUUUUAUUAUAAGGCAAGAAAAAUAGAAAAUAAACUACAGAAAACAUC